AUGUUGCGGUUCCUGCUUCUUUUGACAUUUACAGUAAUCGUCCAGGCGGAUGAGCCCUCCCCUUCCCUUGCAGGGGAAACUAAGGCCCUCCCGGCUUCCGGCGACAAUCACACCGACCCAGAAGAGCCGCCAGAAGGAUAUUACGCCUUUGUCGAAUCGCCAAACGCAACGCCACCGAGGGUCCGCCCCCCACCGUACCGACAGGUGGCAUCGGAAUGUCCCGAAGCGGGCGAGUCCAAGGCCCACGUUAGCGCUAACAACCUUUGCGGAGACCUCAACCGGGGAGUUAUACCUCGUAACCCCAUGGGCCAGAGCCCCAACGGUGAACCAUAUCCUUUUGAGCUGAUUCGCAACCAUACUCUGCGCUACUUGUCCCGAACGCUGCCCGUGCUGCGCGCAGACGACGCUCUGCCUCGCGUCGCUCACCUGUCCGCUGCCGCUCCCGCCCCUGCCCCCGCCGACACCGCUACUUACGGAGCGCCCUUGCCGCACGCCCUUCCCGAUGUACAGCACAACAGAUUGGAAGAGAGAGGACGGGCGGCUCGGUCGCGAGAAGAUCCUUGGGAAACGCCGGACAGCGAACUGGAAAUGGAACACCGAGCGGACACUCCUCGCGAGAGCCGCAAGUUUUGCGACGGCGGUGGUGUGUGA